UCUUUUCACGUCACAGCGUUAAUAUCCUGGGCAUUCUAUAGAAGAUUUGGACAAACAUUUCUGAGUGUAUUGAAAACGGAGGCGUCUAUAAAUACUUGUCUUUGAAUCAGCGUGUGAGGGGUUUUAUUAUCUUUUGUCCGCUGUAUGCCCUGUUGUGUUAAUGCUCGUCAUAAUUGAAUAAGAACUCAGCGUCUUCGGACGUAUCGGAUCGUCGAGGAGCGUUGAUAUUGAUAGAAUGGGAGAUAUACGGACGGAAACGAAGCGUCAACCACAGACUCGUGUAAUGUUGUGGUCAACACCCAGGGCACUUUCAACGGCUUUUCUACGUUCUAUCCACACACUCAGUAAUGCUGAGAUAUUCAACGAACCGUACGUAACCGCUUGGCAUUUCGGGCCUCAGCGUAAGUACAAGCCAAAUAAAUUGAUAGUGUUUCUUAUGGGAUGCGAGGAGAAGUAUAGUUAUGAAUGGGUGAAGGAGCAGCUAGAAAAAGACUUCCCCGGGAAAGAUGUGGUUUUCUGCAAAGAUUUUGGUUACACCAUCGAUGGCAAUUGGGAGCAUAUACCAAAAGGAUAUAAACAUACAUUUCUUAUACGAGAACCAGCUAAGGUAAUGAAAUCAUGGAAGGAACGCAUCAACUGUGGGCCACUUCCCGGGAUGGGGCUUAUAUGGAAGAGAAGUGUUUCAUUUGCAAUGCCAUCUGGGUACAUGUACAAGGAACUUCAUGAUCUAUAUUUUCACCUGCUCGAGACGACUGGUGAGGAUCCGCUUAUACUCGAUGCUGACGAUCUUCUCGCCGACCCUAAACAGAUGAUGAUGAAAUACUGCCAGGCGAUCGGGCUUCCAUACCGCGAUGAAAUGCUGAAUUGGGAACCAAAUGAAAAGAUGAAUUGGAAUGUAGCUUACUCUAAUUUGAUUGCUGACAAGAUUAUGGGAUGGUACUCCGAUGCCAUGAAUAGUGAUGGACUACGCCAAAAAUUAGUAAGAACUAAAGUGGAUAUUAAAUCUCUACCUGAUGACGUGAAGGAAGUUGUUAAAUUUGUUCAGCCUUUUUAUGACGCAAUGUAUAAAAGACGAUUAAAACUUGAUCCAGACACCGAGCCUGCUACUUUGGAGAAAGGAGCGUUGAAAGAUCAGAAUAAAAACGGAUAUAUUUUUCCAGAAAAAAAGGACAAUGAAGACGGUAGGGGACACUGACUAUCAAUGCAUAGGCCUAUUUGCAUAUAGCUCUCCCUCGGUGUGAUGCAACAAUAGCACAAAUGGAAGUGUACACGGUUAGCCAUGGAAACGGAUUUUAAUUCAAAACGCCAGAAGCGGUUUAUGUUAAGGUGGCGAUGAAUGAAUACAGAUUACUUAGGCUCGGCCUAUGAAAUAUUAUCCUACUACGCCUAUAGGUGCUGUUUGCUGAGCUCAAACACAGCAAUAUGUCAUCCAUCAAGUCAUAAACUCCAUUAAUUCAGUAUAAACUGACUUUAUUUAGGCCUAAAUGUAUUUUAUGUUUUUCAAUGUAUAGAUUCGCUGCCGCAAUGCAGCACAGUUUUGUAUGUUUUAAACACAUGUUUUUUAAAUGAUAUUGUAUUUUUAAAUUUUGUUAGUACUUUUUAAAUGAGUGUGUAUGAAAUCAUACUUUGUUGUGUGUAUAUUAUUAUAAGUAUGUUUGUAAAACCACUUAUGACGAUGUUAAAGUAAAUUUCUGUUACUGAGUUAAAUGCGAGUAAUGACCUUUGUACUACAUAAUGGUUUACAGUCAUUAUUGACGAAAAGUCGUUCAAAACCAACUGAAUUAUUUAUUGAUAACUACUAUGCAGCUCAGUGCAAUGUAUCCGUCCUUGUUGACUUCCUUAUAAUCUCCACUCUACCUCAUAGCAUAGUCAUACCACUAUUCAAUUGUUAAUUACCCAUUCCAUCUGCUGUUAAAAAUCAAUACAAUAGGUACGUGAUUAAACUUAGGACCAAGGGGUACAAUAAUUCGCAUACUGUAAUUAAACCGUUGUGUACGAGGUGAGUUUUAGAAGGUGGUGUUACUAUAGACAUUGGUGGGGUAUUGUGGUUUCAUAUGUUUUAAGGUGCUUUUAAUAUAUUUUUCUAGUUAAGUUGUUUUCUUUUAAGUUAUUUGUUAUGAUUGACGCACCUCCUGAGUGCCGCUGAUGUAAAUGAUGUCUGUUCAAUAAAAGAUUUGAUUUGAUUCACUACAGACGAUCAGUGGUUUGUGUUACGCUUAGUUUUCCGUAAUUCCUUGACCAAGAGUUUAAAUUCUUCAAACUUAAACGACUGAGAAAUUAGUAGGCAUACAUGGCGUAUAUUUUUAUUUUUAUUUAUUUCAACCACAAUUCAUAUGAUUAAAAAAUGGUUUAAUAGAGAAUAUAUUCUCUCUAUCCCAUAUGCAUGGCGAACUGCACCUUUAAAGAUCUAGCGCGUCUAUAUAAUAGUGUAGAUCUAAUAACCAAAAAAUCAAACAAUUCUUCCUUCUCUAUUUCUCUAUGCAUAAUAAUGCGAUUUGAAUUCGAGUAAUGCCUCUUGAGAACGAAACUAAAACCCAUAGGCCUAAAUUAUUUUAUCUCAAUUUCAGCACAUUGUCUUCAUGAUAAUUGCAAUCGUGUAGGCAUUAAAAUUUAUUCCACAUGUACAAUGGUGCGGUAUACUUUUCAGAUAAAAACUGAUUUUAUGCAGAUAAUAAAGUAAUUCCAUACCUGA